ACACACUACACCGGUGCUGUGUGCUAGUCGGAAGUGCACUUUAUUUCCACCGUGUUUAGGUGGCUUCGGACACGUAUGGACGAACGUGUGAAGUACAAUGGAAUAUGAAAUCCCUCUUUGUGAUUGACACCAUGGAGCCUAAACAUGAGAUCAGCAAUAAUGCCACAGCCCAGAAUGAUGCUGGUGGUGACGGGAGAUGACUUUGGCUACUGUCCCAGAAGAAACCAGGGGAUUGUGGACUGCUUCAAGUCUGGAGGCAUUUCCAAUGUGUCCCUGCUGGUCAACGGCUGUGCUGCCAAGGAGGCGGCAGAUCUGGCUCAGAGGCACAAUAUCCCCAUGGGUCUCCAUGCCAACCUGUCAGAGGGCGUUCCGGUGUGCCCCAGCCUGCAGCAGGCCUCCACCCUGACCAACCAGCGCGGCUUCUUCCACGGGAAGACGGGCUUCCGCCAGGCCCUGGAGGGAGGUCAGCUCAGCAUGAAACAGGUGGAGCUGGAGUUAAGGGCACAGGUCCAGCUGUUCAGGGAUCUGACGGGUCACCUGCCUCACCACAUGGACGGACACCAGCACGUCCAUGUCCUGCCAGAGGUGCGUGAGGUGUUUGCACUCGUCCUGUCAGACCUCCACAUUCCGUUCACUCGUGUUCCCCUGGAGCCCGGGCUGCAGGGCUGCCCCGCGCUACCAGCACACCUCCAAAGAUUCUACGCUCAGGUGGAGAAGGACGCUCGGGACUCCAUCCCUGUGUUCACCCGCUACGGAAUCAGGUGGCCCCAUGUGUACCUGGGGCUGACCACCAUGGGCCAGAACAUGUCCGUCCCCAACCUGCAGCGGGCCCUAAACCAGGCGCUGGCUGCGGGGCCCCCAGGUUCUCCCUCCAGCCGGUCAGCAGGCUCUCACCAGCCUGUGGUCACAGCAGAGCUCAUGGUCCACCCGGGGUACCCCAGUCUCCCCCAGGAGGGGGGCUGUGGGGAGGGCCCCGACGAAUUCUCCCAGUCCGCUGACAGACAGCACGAGCUGGGCGUGCUGAGGGACCCCGCCCUGCUGGCCCUCUACCGCCGGGAGGGGGUGCAGCUGUGUGCCUUCAGACACCUCUGAGCACUGUGUGGAUCCUAUAGAGACACAGUGGUUAGAGCACAAAUCACUCUCAAUGUGCCCGGACUAGCAGUAUGUGAUGUGGGGGGUGAGGAUUUUACUCCAGACGUGGUUUUUAUAAUAGCAUAUCUUAUCUUGUUAUUGAAACAUUUCCUAAAAGCACAGAAGUAUGUGCACUGCCAUGCUGUUAAAACUUUAUGAAUUCAAAUUCUAACUAAUCAGUCACUAAUUAAGUUAAUAAUAAUGAAGGAACGCAGAGGUUGGACUGAGUUAUAGACUUUCACUUUAUAUAGAUCCUUACAGUUGAGAACAAAACUGGUAUCUGAUGUUUCUCUCUCUAAUCUUAAAGACAAAGUGUCAUUUUUAAUGGGGGGGGGGGGGCUCACCGGGGUUGUGCUAUCAUGCAAUAAGGGGUAUUUAGCUCAAAUAGGUUCAAUAAUCUGGGUCAGCUGUUGCUUUGUCGUCGUCCCAGACCUCUGACCUCUCUGUCGUGAUGUCACCAAAAAAUUCAGAAGGAAGUUGUAAUUAACGUUAUUCCUUUAAAGGAAAACUCACAGAAGGAUGAUUUUUAUAACAAUCAGUCAACCCAUUUUAUCUUUUACUCUUAAAAACAUUAUUUUUUCAGGGCUGCACACGAUGAGCAAUUGAUAUGCAAUUAAUCGUUUUGUGGAUGAAGUAUCUUCAGAGUAUAGUUUGAGUUUUGUGCUCGUGUAUUCCUCAGUAAAUGAAGCCAUGUUGUCGUUGUGGAUUUGAUGAGGUGUGUAGCACUGAACAUCUGAUAACCUGCCAAAUGUUGGACUCUAAGUGAAUGUGAUUGAACAGUACGCUUUGUAAUAUUUAUAGAUUUUUAUCUGGAUAUUUGAAAUUGUAUAUUUUGAUAAAGUUUCUGUUGAAACUUGUUUUACAUUGCUGUGUUUAAAUUGUUACAGAGAUAACAAUUGAACAGCUGAGCGAAUAAAUGAUGUCAAACCGAUA